UUAGAAAACAUGACAACUAAUAUUGUUUAAUACUUGAAACGUAAGAUACUUCAACAAUUUUUGUUUGUAAUUGUUACUCCUUCUGUCCCAGUCAAUUGUAUAUAGUUUUCUUUUUGGGAUGUCCCAUCAUUUGUAUACAUUCUCAAAAUAGUAAUUUUUUUUAUAAAACACUAUAACACCCACUACUUUCUUCCACUAUCUCCAUUCUAUAAUAAUUCUAUAAUAAUAAAAACACUAUUACACCCACUACUUUCUUCCACUAUCUCAAAUCUAAUUAAAAAUGGGUUUGUCUAGUGUGUGCCCGUUGACACAUGCUAAGCACGGAAACUUAUAAAUUUGAUGUGUUUUGAUUGGUGUGGUUGAUGUGAAUGCAGGGGUCAUCAUUAUUAAAUGAGUGUAAGCCAAUCAAAACAAAGAAAAUAUAUCAAAUUUUGUGCUUAGGGCAGACCAUAGAAAAACCGAUUAAAAAUAAGUGGGUCCCACCACUUUACCUAUUUUCCAUCUAACUUUAUUCAUUUUUUACACUUUUUCUUGGUCUCCGUGUCUCAAUCAUUUGUAUACAACCAGUUGGGACGGAGGGAGUAUGGAAUUUGUUUGAUCUAUAAGCGUGAUACUAUGAAUUUUGAUUUAUGCGUGGUUUAAGUAGAUAGGACAAGGGACAUGUAGCAAUGUUUAUAAAGCAAAAGACUUGAUCACUGGGAAAAUAGUUGCAUGGGAAUUGGCUACAUUUAUGAAGCUUAGAAGCUGUUCGAUGAAAUGCCCCAAUGAAGUAUAGUAACCUGGAACGCAAUGAUUCGUGGUUUUUUUUAAAAUGGGUAUUUUGAUGAGGUUCGCACCCUUACUUUUCUGGCAUUUUUGUGUUUUAGACUUGAUGCACGCAGAAAUGGGGGUUGAAAUAUUAGAAUGUGGUCAAGCUUCCUGAGCACAUUGGACCGGAAAUGGACCUCCUGUUAAAAUAGUGAUGUUUGCGGAUGAUAGCAAGACUGUUGUAAUGAAAAGUGUAACUCAUGGUGCAUGUGAUUUCCUCAUCAAACCAGUUCAUCUUGAAGCCUUGAAGAAAAUUUGGCAACAUUUAGUAUAGAAAAAGAAACAUGUGUGGAAGGACAUCGAGUAAUCUGGACGCGUGAAGAUGGGAAAUUGCAGCAACAGAUGUCUGAUGAUACUGAUUACCUGUCUUCAGCAAAUGAAGGCAGUUGGAGAAACUCAAAUAAAAGGAGGAUGAAGUAGAAGACACACAAGAUAUAGAUAUGACACAUCAUCAUUAUUCAAUAAAGAAAUCGCGGGUUGUCUGGUCAGUCGAGCUUCACCACCAGUUUGUAGCACCCGCUAAUCAACUUGGAACUGAGAGAUGGUCCAAAGGAGAUGAAGUUUAUGAGAAUAUGUGGGAUUUGACACCAGAUGUUGAGUUGUUGAGGGACCUACCUCAAGAGUAUGCCUUUGAAACUGCUCUUGCUUAUAUAAUUGACAAUUCUCUUCAAGCAAUUUGGUCCAAGAAGAACAAGGACCGACUGAUUAGAGUGGAUAUAAGCAAAGACAAAAUUUCCAUAUUUGACAAUGGUCCUGGCAUGGAUGCUAGUGAAGAGAACUCUAUUGUGAAAUGGGGAAAGAUGGGUUUAUCCCUGCACAGAUCAUCGAGAGGACAAGCAAUUGGUGGAAAACCUCCCUACUUAAAGCGUGAACUUGAAACUGGGACACUCUCACAGAAGGAAGCUGUUGUGGAUGCUUCCAAGAAACUACAGGAUGCCUUGAAACAGGAAGGUCUAACAAUCAAGAAACAUGAAGACAAUAUUAAUUUUUAAGGAGAAAGGAAAACCUCAUAGAUGUUACCAUUCUUAAUUUGCAAGUUACUCUUGGCAAGUAUCAUUCUUCAGAUGGACUAAUGGCGGAUAGAGGCGACCUUUGCAAAACUAAAUGUAGAGACGAUUCAACAUAAUCUAAAGAAUACAAAUUAUGCAGCUGGAAUUGUGUGUCAGCUAAAGACUGACCAUACUCAGGGGUCUCUACUUCCAUUGACUAAGGGAGUGCUUGAGAUUGUUGCAUCCCUUGGAAAGAUGAAUGAUGAUACUCUUAGCAGGCGUCUCUUGGAGUAGUUGGGGACAAAUAAGAUGUUGGCAAUGGUUUGCAAGACCCUGGACAGUGUCAAAGCGAUGGAGUCUUAUGAUAAAGAAGGCUUGGUAAACAAGUAUGCAGGCAUUCAUAGACUUGGAACAUCUAUUAGACGAACUAUAGAUGGACGAUUUCUUGUCAUUUGUCUUGAAUAUCUUAGCCCAUAUGUUGGCGAUUGUAUAAAUGAUGAUCCACAGAAGAUGCCAGAUAUUCCAAAACCAAGAUCACCUAAUGGAGGAAUUCCUCAUGGCUUUAUAGAUGAUGCUGUGAAUAUGAUCAAUAUUGACAGAGAGAACUUAUUCAAUGUCACACGUGAUGGGUAUGGCCUCAGAGAGACCCUUUUCUAUGAUCUGUUCUCGCAUGUGCAAGUUUACCAAACAAGGGAAGAUAUGAUUCAGGCUGUUCCCUGGAUAAGAAAUGGAGCCCUAUCUUUGGAUGGUGGAAUGAUAAUGAACAAAGGAGUAUAUGCUUUGGGUGAUGUUUCUUGAAGGGAAGAAGCAGAUGUGAAAUUCCUGAAAUUCUCUGGACCAUCAUGUCUAACAGCAGACUACUGUGCGAUUGAGGACCAAAUAAAGAAGACAGAAUGGGGAAAGUAACAUAUAUCAGACCAAUGUGACUCAUAAUUGACUGUAAAUUGCUUAAUAUUGUUACUCUUGGCAAGUAUCAUUCUUCAGAUGGACUAAUGGCGGAGAGAGGCGACCUUUCCAAAACUAAGAGGGAUGUAGAGAUGAUUCAACAUAAUCUAAAGCACACAAAUUCUGCAGCUGGAAUUGUGUGUCAGCUAAAGACACUCCAUACUCAGGGGUCUCAACUUCCGUUAAUUAAGGGAGUGCUUGGUAUUGUUGCAUCCCUUGGAAAGAUAGAUGAUGAUACUCUUAGCAGAAAAUUGCAGAGGAAAUGCAGAAUACAAGAUUCAACAGUAUAUCAGAUAGACAUUGGAAAAUAGUGAAGGAAUAUAUAUAUAUAGAGAGAGAGUCAUGGAAAUAGUAAAGGAGAUUAUGAUGGAUGGUUCCCCGAAAAU